AUGCACGUUCAAUCCGACGAGGAGCAAAUUCUCAGCUUCGCGCACCGUCCCGCUCCGGCGCAAAAGGAGACGUGGUCGACGGUGGUUGGAAGGAAAAAGGGCCGAAAGCCGGCCCCUCUGCCUCCCCCAGCUCCUUCGGGAGCCGCUAAAAAGAGGCGGGGGAAUUCUUACCCUGCGGGUCAGACCCCCUCUGGGGGCAAAAAGCCCACCAAGGGCAAUAAAUUGCGGCCUUGCAAGACAACCGCAAUUACAGUCAUAUGUCCUGAGGGCAAAUACGCGGAGGCCCUCAGGACAGUAAAAAGUAGGGUCUCCCUCGAAGAACUCGGGAUCUCUGCCGUUAAAAACAGGCGCGCUGUAACGGGCGCGCUAAUUUUGGAGAUCCCUGGACCCGACGGGGACCAAAAGGCCAACACUCUGGCCGAAAAGAUGAAGGCGGCGCUCGCCGAUCAGGAGGGUGUCCGGGUCGACCGAUCUGUUAAGAAAGCGGACUUUAGGGUCCGCGAUCUAGAAGAUUCGGUCACCCAGGAGAAGGUGUCUGCAACAAUGGCGAGCGUCGCCGAGUGUGAGGCCGUUAUGGUAAAGGUGGGGCCCAUAUCUAGGAGCCCUAGGGGACUCGGUACAACCCGGGUGACGGCCCCUAUGGCCGUCGUAAAGAAGGUGGUGUCCUCGGGGCGCCUGAGGGUUGGUUGGGGGCUCGCCCGCGUGGAGUUGCUGGCGGCGAGAUCCCUGACGUGCUUCAGGUGUCUCGAGGAGGGCCACACUCGCAGCUAA